UGGUUUUAUAACUUUUAGAUGAUAUCUGACACCUAGGUAUCAAGUUCGACAUUGACAUUGCUGUCGAAUUAUUCUGUCGUGACAGUGACAGUUCACACAUUAUUCGAAAGGUUUUUUGAAUUUUGAACAUUCGAAAAUCGAAUAUUGACGAGGAGUGAAGCGUUGUUUUUAAAAAUGGCGUGGUCUUUUUUGAAAUAUUUUGCCGUUGUUUUCUAUUUGAUAUCGAUUGCUAAUGCACAGCGUACUCCAACAAUAUCACAUAUCACUCAAGAACAGAUCAGAGAUAUUGGUGGACAGGUAGACCUGGACUGCUCAGUCCAUUACGGUCAAGAUUAUCCUGUACUGUGGGUUAAAUAUGACCGUCUGAAAACAACAGAGUCAUUACCCCUGUCUACCAGCUCUGGUCUUAUUAUCCGUGACUCCCGGUUCUCAUUGCGUUAUGAUGAUGCCUCGGCUACGUAUACCCUUUCUAUUAAAGAUAUCCAAGAGACGGACGCUGGAUGGUACCAGUGUCAAGUAAUAAUCACAGUGAGCAGCAUAAUAUCAGCUGAAGUGGAGCUGCAAGUGAGAAGGCCACCGAUCAUCUCUGACAACUCUACUAGAUCUAUUGUCACUAGUGAAGGAGAGAGUACACAAAUGGAAUGCUACUCUGAUGGUUUCCCGCCCCCGAAGAUCUCUUGGCGUCGGGAGAACAACGCCAUCCUGCCUACUGGAGGCUCCAUCUAUCGUGGCAACAUUCUGAAAAUCCCAAAGGUACACAAGGAAGACCGUGGAACGUACUACUGUGUGGCUGAAAACGGUGUGGGCAAAGGGGCUAGGAGGAAUAUUAACUUGGAGGUGGAGUUCGCCCCAGUUGUAACCGUCCCGAGGCCCAGAUUGGGACAGGCUUUACAAUACGACAUGGACUUAGAGUGUCACGUUGAGGCCUACCCUCCUCCGGCUAUCACUUGGCUCAAGGAUGAAGUGCUUCUGUCUAACAACCAGCAUUACAGAAUAUCUCACUUCGCGACAGCAGACGAAUUCACAGACACGACGCUUAGAGUAAUAACUAUAGAGAAGCGGCAAUAUGGGAUGUUCACUUGCAAAGCACAGAACAAGUUGGGAAGGGACGAGGGCAGAGUCGAGUUGUUCGAAACAAUUAUCCCGGUGUGUCCGCCGGCGUGUGGCCAAGCGCGCUACGGGGCUGCAACGUCGCUCGCGCCCUCCAUUGAAACGGUCGCUGUUAUGUUCACGGCCUAUGUUUUAUACGCCUUCCGAGUCGCCAAUACCAGACAUUAAUCACGCCGGAUUACGACUGGACCCGGAGAUCUACGGAAACGGAGUGACCCACAAACUACACAUAUCGUUGACAAUUACACCGCUUAUUUACGUUUAUAGAUUUUACAAUCAAUAAAACAGUGUUGCUAGAUGAAAAACUAGAAAUGCUGAUUUUGAAAAUCGAAAUACAGAAAUUGCAAAAAACAGACAAAUAUAAUUUUUAAAAUAAGAAUACUGUAUAUGUUGCUAAGAAAAAGUGUUGACAGAACGUUCGGUUUACAAAUAUUAAUACACAUACACAACAUAUUGUCUAUGUUCAAGUGUUGCCAGUAAAUUGCAACAUCUGUAUUUUAAUUUAAUUUUUAAUAGAAGCAACAAUAUGCCUUACGAUUCAACGACUUUUGAAAGGCAAUAGGACUAAGAGUAGUUUUUGAAAAUUUUAAUAUUCCUGUGAAAAUCAAAUCAAUUUUCUACACAAACAUAGUUUAAGGUUUUUAAACCAGCAAUAAUUUUUGGCAAAAAUCAAUUUUUAAAUUAAAUGUACAAACAAGCUCAAAUCUUAUAAAAUUCGUACAAAUUUUGAGAAUCUCAAUUUUAUAUACAAAAUUAUUUACAUUUUUUUAAUGAACUAAAUUUUCGUAGUAAGUAACUUAGUAUGUAAUUUUAUAUUUUUGUAAAUUUAACAUGUAUUUUAACUUUGCAUUUUUGACAACGCCUGACGUAAAUUCCAAUUGAAUUCUAAAUAUUCGAUUUUUUAUUAUAAAAUCGAGACGAAUAAUAUUAAAUUUUAUAUUAGACUUUACUGUUAGUGCAAAAACUCUGUGGACUCCGCGUUAAGUAUGAGUUCCGUAUGUCUCGACAAUGGAUUUCAACAUUAAUGUCUAGAAAUGGUACCAAAACCGAUGUAGUUAUAUAAAACUAAAUCUAGCCACUGGCUGACUGCGCUUUUGACGCCAGAUCAAGCGUAAAUAUAUUUACGCUUAAAACAAUUAGCGCUUACUGCCUCAUCAAGCUUUUCUGAAAGCGAAUCAAAACUCGGAUUGAAGACCAAAUCUAGUGCUUUUAAGAUUCUACAGCGAAUUUCGGGAAUUUUUAUAAUUAAUAAAAUAUAACAUUUUCUGUGUAAGUAAAUCCUCUGGGCGUCACCUCUAAGCCAUUUCUAGUGUUCUAUAAUCUCAAUAGGAAAAACCUAAUAUUCUCCUUGUUCUAGAACCCACCAAAUAGUACCAAAACAUACAGAAGUUACCAUACAAAAAAGAGGCAUUCCUUAAAGCAUUUAUUAACUUUUUUACAAGUCAUUCCAAAUUAUUUUAUUAGACUGGUUUAUUCCAUCCAUUUGUUUUACUUAAUAUUUUAAAAUUAAUUUAGAUAUAUUUUUCAAAAUUGGUUGAAUAAAAAAAUACUGUAAUAUACUCUGUAAGACUUACUGAUUCCAACUAUUUACACAUUCAAAUUCUAUUGGUUAACCGUGGUACGAAAAUAUUAAAAUCGGAAUCCUUAUUGAACUUACAGAGUAAGCUUGCUGAUAUGGAUCUUUUUUAGACUUAAGUGGACUUUAACGUUCUUGCAUUUUUCUUAAUUAUUUUGUAAAUUAUGUAAUGUAUUUUUUUUGUCUUUACGCUUACGUUCAUAUAAAAUACCAUGUUACGGGAUUAAUAAUAUUUUUUGUUCGCUUAGGACACUUGACCCUGCUCGAAACAAUAUUAAUAAUCCCGUACAAAUACUAUGUAUAAAGCUUUAUAUGACAAGCCUAAUAUAAUUGUUAGAAUGGGUAUGGCUAGUCGGCAAAAGAUGCGCAGGAGUUUUAGAGAUUUUUAUCUGAUAAAAUACAUGCGCGAACUUUCACCCAAAAUCUAGCCGGAGAUGAAGACAUUUUGUAAGCUUACAAUAAUUAACAAUAGGUUCUAAAUCGCGUAAUUCCCCUUUUAACAGUGAUUUAUAACUGUGACAUGAUUUACCGUAUGAAAUGUUUGCAAGUGUGAAGUUUUAAUAAAGACUUU